AUGGGGACGACACAAAAGGAGCCUAAUGAUAAACAAUUUCGUGGCUACCUCCUCUUACAAAAUGGCAUCCAUCUUGCCGAUGUGUUUCUUGGAUACAGGCGGCGCGUUUAUUUUGACGGCAACUGCGACGCCUAUCGCAAUGAUUUACACAUUCUGCUUCGUGAAGAAAUGCCGUUAGUCGCUUCUAUGUCGCCUGAACUCCAAGAGAAAUGGGAGAAAAUGGAGAUGGGUCAUGUUCUUAUCGAGUACCGACCGGCCUCGAGUCGUAGCGCCUCAAGUGACCAGGAGCAACAGGACAAUACUUAUGAUGUGGUAGUAAGCUAUCUUGAUAUUUAG